AUGAAGCUCAUUGCUGGUAACUCUGCCGGCACCGUCACCACCUUCUACUUACGUUCUUUCUCCUUGAUAUCUUUGGAAAGCAAUUUUAGGUCCCAACCCAAGAAGAUUCAACUCUUUGAAAAUGAUGUUUUGAAGCUAUCUUCUGAAGGCCCAUCUCGCGAUGAGAUCGAUCUCGAGUUAUUGGGUAACAAAAGCGGCUCUCCUUACACUCUUCAUACCAACGUUUUCACUCAAGGACAAGGGGGAAGGAAGGAAGGGUUCCACCUCUGGUUCGACCCAACAAAACGUUUCCACACAAAUUCUAUCGUAUGGAAUCCUCGAAACAUCAUGUAA